AAAAGCAGAAAAAUAUUCACUCCCAUAAUAAAAUACAAGCAAAAAACUAAUCAAAAGUUUCUGCUACCCAACAACAUGUGAUGAAACACAGAACAAAAUACAGAAAUUGUUAUGUCCAAUAAAAUUCUUGGAAUGGUUAAUGAAAAAAAUUCAACCAUGAAAAUGUCAAAACACAACAUGACUUGUACUACAAGGUUUCUAAGCUUCAUUUUCCUUCAUUUCUUCCUCUUCAUGAUCCUAACAACUGCACAAUCACCAUUUUACUUGUACAGUAUUUGCGAGAAUUCAACAGAAAAAACACUUAACACUUCAUACCAAUCCAACGUUAAUAGCCUUCUCUCAUGGAUAAACUCAGAUUCUGACUUAGGCACAAUAUCUAACCACAACAUCAUAGGUAGCAACAACAGCGAUGAUCAUGACAAUGUUUAUGGGUUAUACGGUUGUCGAGGUGACAUCACAGGAAGUUUCUGCCGAUUCUGUAUCAACACUGCUGUUAGAGAAAUCGCUCAACGUUGUCCUAACAGUGUUUCGGCUUUGAUAUGGUAUGAUGUAUGCGUCAUGGGUUACACAAACCAGAAUACGACAGGAAAAGUUAUUGUAACACCAUCAUGGAAUAUAACCGGAUCCAGAAACGUUAAGGACUCAACAGAACUUGGGAAAGCUGAGAAUAACAUGAUGAGUUUGAUACGCAAAGUGACUACAGAAUCCAGUCCCGUUUGGGCAACGGGUGAGUUCAUUUGGAGUGACACCGAGAAAAGGUAUGGUUUGGUGCAGUGUAAUAGAGACCUUAGUAAGGAUGGGUGCAAAGAGUGUCUAGAGGCUAUGUUGGAUUUAGUUCCUCAGUGUUGUGGAACAAAGGUAGCGUGGGCCGUUAUGUCUCCUAGCUGUGGGCUUAAAAUUGAUGAUUAUAUGUUCUACCAACUGCAAACAGAAUCUCCUCCUAUGCCGAAUCCAGGCAAGCAGGAAGGUACAAGUAAAGCUAAAACCUUGAUCAUCAUCUUCGUAAGUAUAACAGUGGCAGUAGCUCUACUAAGCUGUUGGGUCUACUCUUACUGGAGAAAGAAUAGGUUAAGUAAAGCUUCCUUGCUAGGUGGUAUGCUGUCGAGGACCAUUACACCUAUAUCUUUCCGUAAUCAGGUUCAAAGACAGGAUUCAUUCAAUGGAGAACUUCCUACAAUCCCUUUAACUAUAAUUGAACAAAGUACCGAUGACUUUUCAGAGUCAUAUAAAUUAGGAGAAGGUGGAUUUGGCCCAGUUUACAAGGGUACUUUACCAGAUGGCAGAGAAGUUGCUGUCAAAAGGCUUUCGGAAACGUCGAGUCAAGGUUCAGAGGAGUUCAAGAAUGAAGUAAUAUUCAUAGCUAAACUGCAACAUAGAAACCUUGCAAAACUCUUGGGUUACUGCAUUGAGGGAGAUGAAAAAAUACUAGUAUAUGAGUACAUGCCGAAUUCAAGCCUUGACUUUCACCUUUUCAAUGAGGAAAAACAUAAGCAUCUAGAUUGGAAAUUACGACUAAGCAUUAUCAAUGGAAUUGCAAGAGGAUUGCUAUACCUUCAUGAGGAUUCUCGACUUAGAGUAAUCCACAGAGAUCUGAAAGCCAGCAAUGUUCUUCUGGAUGAUGAAAUGAAUCCAAAAAUAUCAGAUUUUGGAUUGGCAAGAACAUUUGAUAAAGACCAAUGUCAGACAAAAACAAAAAGAGUUUUUGGCACCUAUGGAUACAUGGCUCCUGAAUACGCUAUGGCUGGGUUAUUUUCAGUGAAAUCCGAUGUUUUCAGCUUUGGAGUUCUUGUGUUAGAAAUAAUAUACGGAAAAAGAAAUGGCGACUUCUUUCUUUCAGAACAUAUGCAAAGUCUUCUACUAUAUACUUGGAAACUCUGGUGUGAAGGGAAAUGUUUGGAAUUAAUCGAUCCAUUCCACCAAAAAACAUACAUUGAAAGUGAAGUCUUGAAGUGUAUACACAUUGGUUUACUUUGUGUACAAGAAGAUGCAGCAGAUCGACCAACGAUGUCCACCGUUGUUCGCAUGCUAGGGAGUGACACAGUAGACCUUCCGAAACCCACGCAACCAGCAUUUUCAGUUGGCAGAAAGUCCAAGAAUGAAGAUCAAAUUUCAAAAAAUUCUAAGGAUAAUUCUGUUGAUGAAGAAACCAUAACUAUUGUUUCACCUAGAUAGUUGACAUUAUGGUUCAUUUUGUGCUAGAUUCGAAAUGUUUGAGUUCUGUUAGAAAAAAGUUUGAAGUCAAAAAAAAAAAGAUGACCAUUUUAAAGGUCCGUGAGAUAUUAGCUCAGUAGUAAGAGUUUAACCUUGUAACCUCAACGGACGGAACUCAAAUCCCAUAUGGGACCAUUGUGAAAUGGCUGGCUAUUGGGGCUAAUUUAAUUUAAGUUGUUGAGAUGCUACCCCAAAUUUACUAGAAGGGUGAUGAAACACUUGUUCAAUUCUCGGUUGAGCUGGAAAUAUAUUUCCGAUGUGUUAUUAGUUUGUCAAUGAAUAAUGCUCUAACACAAGGAAUUUUUUAAAUA